UCUCUUGUUCACACCUGUGACAUCUGUUUCUGAUUGCUGGCUUGGGGGAUGUCAUGCUGCAGAGCACGCAGGACAUUCCCCACUGAUGGCAGUGAUGGAGAACGAGACGUGGCCGCACCCCUCAUACGUCCCCCAUUAUCUGCUCCGUGGUGACCCUUUCUCCUCAAGACUCUCCAGAGAGGCGGAUAUAGUUGCAGCUUUUUACAUCUGUGUCAUAGGAAUAAUGUCUGCAACAGGAAAUGGCUACGUCAUUUACAUGACUAUCAAACGCAAGACCAAGUUGAAGCCUCCUGAGCUUAUGACUGUUAAUCUAGCCAUUUUUGACUUUGGCAUUUCAGUGACAGGAAAGCCCUUUUUCAUUAUAUCUAGUUUCUACCACCGUUGGUUGUUCGGCUGGGAGGGCUGUCGUUUCUACGGCUGGGCAGGCUUCUUCUUUGGUUGUGGGAGUCUCAUCACGAUGACCAUGGUCAGCCUGGACCGGUACCUCAAAAUCUGCCAUCUCAGAUACGGCACAUGGCUAAAACGCCACCACGCCUUCCUGUGCUUGGCCUUUGUGUGGGCGUAUGCAGCCUUCUGGGCCACCAUGCCCCUUGUCGGCUGGGGAAACUAUGCCCCAGAGCCCUUCGGGACUUCCUGCACACUGGACUGGUGGCUGGCACAGGCCUCUGUGUCUGGCCAGAGUUUUGUCAUGGCCAUCCUGUUCUUCUGUCUCAUCUUCCCCACUGGCAUUAUCGUCUUCUCCUACGUCAUGAUCAUCUUCAAAGUCAAGUCUUCUGCGAAGGAGAUCUCGCAUUUUGAUGCCCGUAUCAAAAACAGCCACAACCUUGAGAUGAAACUCACAAAGGUGGCAAUGCUGAUCUGUGCAGGCUUUUUGAUAGCCUGGAUCCCUUAUGCAGUGGUGUCAGUGGUGUCUGCAUUUGGUGAGCCAGACUCAGUGCCAAUCCCUGUGUCUGUCGUUCCCACCUUGCUGGCCAAGUCUUCAGCCAUGUACAAUCCCAUCAUCUACCAGGUUGUGGACCUGAAAAACUCCUGCGUGAAAUCCUCCUGUUUUCAGGCCCUGAAGAAACGCAGGCAUUUUAGAAAGUCAAGGUUCUACACCGUCUCUGGCUCAUUAAAGGACACACCACCAGCCAAAGAAGCUCACAUUGAGAUGUGAGACAGACACUUUAGACUGUGUUACCCUCCCCCAUCACCCCCUAUUUACCUCUACUACUUUGGACACUUUGCCUUGUUCCCUGACCUAUGUGCCCUACACUUAGCCACUCACACGCUGCCUGUCAUCUGCUAUGACAUCAUCAGCUGCUCACCCUCAGUCUCGCCACUUGUUUUUACACCCAGGCUGGAUUUUCGUGCGCUUUCCCCAGCUCCCCAGCUUCUCUUCCUUGGAAACACAUCUCUCCCACAAGGUUUUCCUUAAUCGGUGGAGUUAUGUUGUCUUUACAGUGGUUACUACAUACAAGUGACAUGUUGUGUGAACUUCUUUACCUUGCUUUCCAGUAUUACAGACACUGUCUGUUAUGCUUUGAAAAAAAAAAACAACACACACACAAACACAAAAAAAACAUGUGUUACUGGUUGAGUAACACAAUAGCUGAGUGUUCGUCCUAUAAUACGGCUCAACUCAGGUUUGUAAAAUUGAGAAGUUUUCAACCAGAGUCAUGUCACAUCAGGAGCUUUAUGUUUCUGUGAAUCAAAAUCUUGCAAAAGAGAGAAUAUGUUAUAAAAAAUGUAAUUUUUACAUUCAUUUUCAACCUUGAUUCUAAAGUUGAACUAUAAAUUAAAAUGAAAAAAAAAAGAUCAACCUGAUGUGAGCCAUGUCAAAUCAGGCUUGGGUGUAACUGUCAAGAUCAAAAUUGUAUUUUUACAUG